CCCCUGACAGGUAACACGACACACCUUUGAUGAAGAAACUGUUUGCUGUCACUCGUUAUGUUGGGAGCUACAUAACAGACUUGUAGAUGAGAGCAGUGAUGCAUUCUGACAACACUGUUGUUUCCUGUUUGUAGGUGUGAAUAUUCAUGAAUGAAUUCACUAAUGUGUCUAUGAGAUGUGACUUUUGGUCCAAAAUGAGCCUUUUCAUGUUGAGUUUAUUCACAUUUCAUCUGCACCAGGAAACAAGUCAGAACUUGAGCUGAGCUGACUUCACUGCUGAGAGAUGAGGGACAGUCAGAACUGGUCUGACAGCCUGAACUGGUUUUUAUCUUUGACUGAAACUCGAUCAGCUGUUUAUUCUCUGACUGUACAAAACGACACCCAGCAGUGAAUCAAAGAACUUCUGCUGCUUGUUGUCUUUACCAGGAGACAAAUUUAGGAAAGUUCACGUUGUGAUGUCAGACACUCGAGGAGGCGGGGCUUGUGUUGUGGUCCCUGGGUUUGGUUUGUCAGGUUGGUGUUUCUGAUUGGCAGGUGUGUGUCACAAACCUCCUGGUAUCAGAAGUGUGAAUCUUUUAACUGGUGGACCCCCGUCGUCAACAGCAGCAAAGCGUCCUUUUAGUCCUGACCCACAGACUGAAUCCAAAGACUUCCAGAGUGUCUGUGAGGAAGACCUGAGGUUUCUGAUGGGAAACUUUGAACCCUGCAGUCUGGGUUUAACACUCGCCACCGUCUGUCAGUUACUGGAGCCAGGAAACGCUAAUAUGGUUUGUGUUGCUGUGGUGGGACAGGACUAUCAGUCCAAGAUAAGACAGCAGAGAACUUCAGUCAGGGCUUUCAGCUGGAGUUUCUGCUUCACAAGACAAUAAAAAUAUGAUGAACAAAGCAAAUAUGAAGACUUUCUUAUUUCUUUAUCGUCAUGGAGCCACAGGCACUAAACUCAGGAACUGAACUAUAAACCCAAACUUUGUGUUGCACAUUCCUGAUGAUGUUUCCACUGAAUCUGAGGGGCUGAGAUUACAAGUUGGACAGAAAAUCGAUCAAAAAUGUGGAGUCUGAGUGGAUGUAAUGAAGACUUGUAGAGGUGGAAGAGGAGAACAAAAACUCCAGAGUAUCGAAGCCCCAAAGUGGAAGCUCUUUUCUGUUUUAGAACAAAGAUGUGAUGAUGUUUCAGUCAGAUGAAUUCAUGUCCUCAUGUUGACUCCAGUUCCACCCAGUGAUGUUAACUGUGUGAAUGAUGGAGAAGUUGUUGCAGCUACAAGCUUCAUGCUGACCAUCACUGAGGUUCAGACUUUUCCACCACAGGAACUGAAGGCGGUUCUGCUUUGGUUUCCACUGUUCUCUCCUCACGUUGGGGGCGACUUCCUGCAGCUAAAUGUCAGCUCAGCUCAGGAUGUGAUACUGAAUCCAAGUUCAUGUACUCUGAGGGGGAACUGAAUCCAACAGCCACAGCAGGACGUCCACCAGCAGGACAGCAGCAGAAAUCUUGUAACGUGUGAUGGAGACGUUGUUGUCAUGAAUGUUGGAGCUCUGACAGCAUGUUGUUGUGUUUGUGUGAAGGUGUGGGCUCUGCUAUGAAUCAGUGUGAGGAGACAGAGGAGGGAGUCCCUCCCUCUAAAACCACUCUGUGUGGGGAACCUGACAGCCAGACCAAAGCUCAGAGCCCCGAGCAGCAGCAGAGACCAGACUGUCCUGAACCUGAACCUGAACCCAGCUGUGUGUCCAUGAAGAGUGACUGGUCCAUGAUUGCACCAAUAUAUUUUAAAGGACAACUUCCUUCAGAGACUCAUGUGGACCAGCAGACAGCAGACUCUCCUGGACCCAGCUGUGUGUCCAUGAAGAGUGACGGGUCCAUGUUUGAACCUCCUCUUAACUUCAGAGGUGGACACGACUCUGCUGAAGGAAGAGUUCAGCAGCAACAGUCAGAUGUUCUCGGUGGUCAGUCUGUCCAGCAGAAUCCAGCAGACCUGGACUCCAUAUUCAUGCAUCUUGAGGAGAACGUUGUCACUUUUGUGAAGAACGAGCUGAAGAAGUUCCAGAAGCUUCUGAGUCCAGAUUACCCAGAAAGCUUCAAGAGGCAGAGUGAGGAUGAGGAGGUGUUGGAUGGUGAGGAUGAAGAGCAGAGGAGCAGCAGCAGAGACGCAUUUCUGAAGAUCACACUGCACUUCCUGAGGAGAAUGAAGCAGGAGGAACUGGCUGACCGUCUGCACAGCAGAACUGUUGCUCCAGUUUGUCGACGUCAGCUCCAAUCUGAGCUGAAGAAGAAGUGUGAGUGUGUGUUUGAGGGGAUUGCUAAAGCAGGAAACCCGACCCUCCUGAAUCAGAUCUACACAGAGCUCUACAUCACAGAGGGAGGGACUGCAGAGGUCAAUGAAGAACAUGAGGUCAGACAGAUUGAAACAGCAUCCAGGAAAACCACAAGACCAGAAACAACAAUCAGACAAGAAGACAUCUUCAAAGCCUCACCUGGAAGAGAUGGACCAAUCAGAACAGUGAUGACAAAGGGAGUGGCUGGCAUUGGGAAAACAGUCUUAACACAGAAGUUCACUCUGGACUGGGCUGAAGACAAAGCCAACCAGGACGUCCACUUCACAUUUCCAUUCACUUUCAGAGAGCUGAAUGUGCUGAGAGAGAAAAAGUUCAGCUUGGUGGAACUUGUUCAUGACUUCUUCACUGAAACCAAAGAAGCAGGAAUCUGCAGGUUUGAAGAGUUCCAGGUUGUGUUCAUCUUUGACGGUUUGGAUGAGUGUCGACUUCCUCUGGACUUCCACAACAAUGAGAUCCUGACUGAUGUCACAGAGUCCACCUCAGUGGAUGUGCUGCUGACAAACCUCAUCAGGGGGAAUCUGCUUCCCUCUGCUCGCCUCUGGAUAACCACACGACCUGCAGCAGCCAAUCAGAUCCCUCCUGAGUGUGUUGACAUGGUGACAGAGGUCAGAGGGUUCACUGACCCACAGAAGGAGGAGUACUUCAGGAAGAGAUCCAGAGAUGAUCAGCAGGCCAGCAGAAUCAUCUCCCACAUCAAGACAUCACGAAGCCUCCACAUCAUGUGCCACAUCCCAGUCUUCUGCUGGAUCACUGCUACAGUUCUGGAGGAUGUGUUGAAGACCAGAGAGGGAGGAGAGCUGCCCAAGACCCUGACUGAGAUGUACAUCCACUUCCUGGUGGUUCAGUCCAAAGUGAAGAACAUCAAGUAUGAUGGAGGAGAUGGGACAGAUCCACAGUGGAAUCCAGGCAGCAGGAAGAUGAUUGAGUCUCUGGGAAAACUGGCUUUUGAGGAGCUGCAGAAAGGAAACCUGAUCUUCUAUGAAUCAGACCUGACAGACUGUGGCAUCGAUAUCAGAGCAGCCUCAGUGUACUCAGGAGUGUUCACCCAGAUCUUUAAAGAGGAGAGAGGACUGUACCAGGACAAGGUGUUCUGCUUCAUCCAUCUGAGUGUUCAGGAGUUUCUGGCUGCUCUUCAUGUCUACCAGACAUUCAACAAAUCUGGUGUCAAUCUGAUGUCAGGAAAACCGUCAACCUCCAGGUUGUCUCAAGUGAUCAGAAACAAACAGGAACAAACUCAUCUGUACCAGAGUGCUGUGGAUGAGGCCUUAAGGAGUCCAAAUGGACACCUGGACUUGUUCCUCCGCUUCCUCCUGGGACUUUCACUUCAGAAAAAUCAGACUCUCCUACGAGGUCUGAUGAAACACACAGGAAGUGUCUCAAAGACCAAUCAGAAAACAGUCAGGUACAUCAAGAAGAAGAUCAGUAAGAAUCUGUCUCCAGAGAGGAGCAUCAAUCUGUUCCACUGUCUGAAUGAACUGAAUGAUGGUUCUCUGGUGGAGGAGAUCCAACGCUACCUGAGGUCAGGAAGUCUCUCCACAGAUGAACUGUCUCCUGCUCAGUGGUCAGCUCUGGUCUUCAUCUUACUGUCAUCAGAAGAAGAUCUGGACGUGUUUGACCUGAAGAAAUACUCUGCUUCAGAGGAGGCUCUUCUGAGGCUGCUGCCAGUGGUCAAAGCCUCCAACAAAGCUCUGCUGAGUGGCUGUAAUCUGUCAUGGAGAAGCUGUGGAGCUCUGUCCUCAGUUCUCAGCUCCCAGUCCUCUAGUCUGAGAGAGCUGGACCUGAGUAACAACAACCUGCAGGAUUCAGGAGUGAAGCUGCUGUCUGCUGGACUGAAGAGUCCACACUGUCAGCUGGAGAUUCUCAGGUUGUCAGGCUGUAUGAUCACACAGGAAGGCUGUACUUCUCUGGUCUCAGCUCUGAGAUCCAACCCCUCCCAUCUGAGAGAGCUGGACCUGAGCUACAAUCAUCCAGGAGACUCAGGAGUGGAGCUGCUGUCUGCUGGACUGGAGGAUCCACGCUGGAGACUGGACACUCUCAGGGUGGAACAUGGUGGACAGCAGAGGCUGAAACCUGGUGUGAGGAAGUGGGCCUGUGAACUCACAGUGGACACAAACACAGUAAACACAAACCUCAAACUGUCUGACAACAACAGGAAGGUGACAGCAGUGAGAGAGAAGCAGCCUCAUCCUGAUCAUCCAGAGAGGUUUGACUAUUGGAAACAGCUGCUGUGUAGAACUGGUCUGACUGGUCGCUGCUACUGGGAGGUCGAGAGGAGUGGAGGAGUUGAGAUAUCAGUGACUUACAGAGGAAUCAGAAGGAAAGGAAAGACUGAUGACUGUGUGUUUGGAUGGAAUAAUCAGUCCUGGAGUCUGAGGUGUUCUGAUGUUGUUGGUUUCUCUGUCUGUCACAAUAACAGAAGAACAGUCCUCCACUCCUCCUCCUCCUCCUCCUCCUCCUCCUCCUCUGUCUCUCACAGAGUUGCAGUGUAUGUGGACUGUCCUGCUGGCACUCUGUCCUUCUACAGAGUCUCCUCUGACACACUGAUCCACCUCCACACCUUCAACACCACAUUCACUCAACCUCUUUAUGCUGGAUUUGGGUUCUGGUCAUUCGGUUCCUCAGUGUCUCUGUGUUCAGUGUAGGAGGGAGAGUCUCCUCCUGUUAGAGAAACACACACACACACACAGUUUGAAAUAACUUGUAAUCCUUUUUUAACAAAGAGUUAAGAGCUCAACACGCAGCUGCCAGUGGGAGGCUGUAGAGAGAAGGCCUGUGACGGUUCUUGGUUGUGGGUGGGGUUUCUCCCCAGCUUUCACAAAGGAGAGCUUCACUACAGCAUGGCGGCUUUUGCUGGAGCAGAUGGCAGUUGUUACGCUCUCAGCAACUGCCCUGAGUAACUGAUUUUGGUGCCAGUAGUAGUGGCCUUUCUCAAGAACCUUUGCCGUGACUCAGCCACCUCGACUGCUUUUUCUGCCCUGUCCUCACCUCAGUGCCUGCUGAUGACACCUUCUGGUCAUUGGAGUCCCUGUACUGUAGGGCUUCCGUUGUGUGUGUAACCAUAAACUCUUCAGUGGGGCCACUGAAUGUGAGUGGGAGGAUGUUCCUGGGCCUCUGUAUUCCAUGUCUACCACAGGCAAUGGACAGGUCCAACCACAGCACAACCAGGUCACUUCUGUUGUCACAGGCUUCUCUGAUGAGCUGUGUGACUAACCCAUUGUGCUCCAAACAUCUGGGAAACUCCAGGAAUUCCAUCACUUUAAACCAGGGGUCUCCAACGCGUUGCUCGCGAGCUACCAGUAGCUCGUUGCCCCUUUCCAAGUAGCUUGCCAAAGGGCCAAUGAAUCAUACAGAAAUUUGAAAACUUAAUUGACCUUUCACAAAAGCCCCGCCUCCCUUAGUUAUUGUUCCUAGCCCGUCAAGCUUCUUGACGCCGAUGGAGUGUCAACACAGUCUCAAGGACUGUGACUCUUCUCCUCUUCUUGAGGAUGACAAAUUCUGUGUAGCUACUGUCCGACUUCACCAUUUUGCCUGUCGGAGGUCCGCAGCUUCUCGGACCUUGUUGACAUAGUAACGGUUGCUAGGAUGUAUGACUGGACAAUGACCAUUUAGCAAAAGGUCAAUUGGUCCCUCAGCAAAUCUAGUUAAAUUUAUGUCCAAUCAAAACUCACAUUUGUCCCACACCCUUCCAACACAAAAUGAUUAUUUGCCAACUAGCCGUAAAUCAAAAAGUUGCGCUGCUGUCAAUCUUGAUGAGUCAGUGGUGAUGUGAGAUGAGCAGGAGUUUAUGAUGGCGACAGGUGUCCAAACCAACAAUCGGAUUAAAACCUACCAUUUUCACUAAGAGUGGGAGACAGAAUUUUGUUUUACAAAUGUUCAUGACAAGUGUGUGUCUGAUCUGUGGUGCCAGCGUGUUGGUUGGAAGAGGUGUAACGUGGAGCGCCAUUUCACCAAGUCCACGGCAACUUUUCACGGGACUUUCCUGCCGGUAGCAAUCUACGAAAAGACAAGAUAACAGAGCUGAAGACAACGCCACAACGGCAACAGUCUCUGUUCACCAAAUCGGCAAAGAAGGCCAAAUCAGCAACAGAGGCUUUGUUUAAAGUGGCGCACAUUUUAACGAAGCCCAGAAAGCCGUUCACCAAUGGUGGGAUCGUAAAGGAGGCCAUAACCGUGGUGGCUGAAACGUUAUUCAGCGACCAUAAAAGGGAAGUUUUUGAUUCUUGGUUUGUAGAAAUUGUAAGUGAUCCACAAUAACAUUUCAUUUUCAGAUGUCUUGGUGCAUGAAAAUAGUUUUGUGAAGUGUGAUAAAAUGACAUGGACAUAUAUAACAAUAAGUGAAUAAGUAACAAUAUCUGUACUUGUAGUAAUAAUAAUAACGAUAAUAGUAUUUUUGUGACGUUUCAGGAAAAGAAAUCUUAUUGAGUUUGUUCGAAAUGAGCAAUGAGAAUAAAUGUUACAAAA